UUGGAUAAACGAAGAUAUAUUAUAUCUCUCUCUGUCGCGCGAUUUGGCAAGAAAAUGGCGUCGCUUCUCAUAUGGCGCCACUCUGAUUAGAGGCUCUCUACCAGAGAGGAUCCUCUCUGUCUCUACUCUCUCCAGUCCUCCAUGCGCUGACAGUUGCUGACAGUUGCUGACAGCCGACUGAUGCUGUGUGGCACAGGUGAAAUAACGGCCGUAUAUGAAUACGAUGAAUACUUGCCGCGCGAGAAGGUGUAACAAUUGGUGCGACGUGUGAUCGAUCGGUCGACGCGACCUAACCUCGAAGCGACAUGAUAACCUCACAUGUACUCGUCCUGCUUACCGGCUUCUGGUUCGGUGUCGGGACGUGUAAUAAUGCGUACAACGAUUUCUUUGACGAGGAAUUGAUGCUGAAGCCCCUAUCGAGCAAUCAUGUCUACGCCUACUUUCAAUUUACCACAAUAUGGGAAACGAUAAAUCGUAUGGAAACACUUCAACAUUCCCAUCUCUUUCCGAGAGGAUUAGGCGAGAUCAUUGGCCGUCACAAUGUCGACGAACUGCAUGUUACUCUAACAGAAGGUUUGUGGAAUUAUCAAAAAUGGGGAUAUCCUUUCCAUGAUGCUGGACCUGGUGCUGAAGUCACUGCCUGGUUUAACAGAGAUAUAACAAAUGUAGACGAAGAAUGGAAAGGUUUGACGAACGCCUUAGCUGGAUUGCUCUGCGCAUCUUUGAAUUUUGUUGACGCCUCUAAUAGUAUGUCGCCAAAGUUUACCUUCCGUCCCACUGGCGUUACAGAUGGACCAGUGAAUUCCAGCCAUUUGCGUUAUUCGUCAUUGCCGAGGGAGAUAGUUUGCACCGAGAAUCUAACACCAUUUAAAAAAUUGUUGCCUUGCGACUCCAAGAGAGGUCUAGCUACAUUGUUAAAUUCUGCGCAUAUCCAUAAUACAAAUUAUCACUCCAUCGGAAUACAUUUUCGAUCGAUAUGUCGUAACGCAGCCUGCACAGGGACAUCCUUAGAACUGCGAGAGACUGUUUCCUUGAUAUACGAUACAAUGACAGAUACGAAUCAGGAUUGGUCGAUACGAAAAUUCUUUGGAAUGGGACUUAAAGGCGCAUGUCCGCUCGCGACUCUGAGUAAUAUUUAUAUUGAUAUAUCGGGCAACAAUACGAAUCACGUAUAUGAAUUAACGCCGCCGCCGAGCACGAAAGUUAUCAGCUUGCGUGGUGGACAGCAAAAUGAAAUAGCAGUAUACGAUAUCAGAGCUCAUUCCAGCAGAGGAAUAUUUAAUAUCGCUGCUGUACAUAGUGCACCAAAGAUUAACGCUAUAAAUUAUCCCUCAAUUCUCUACGCGAAUAGAUAUAUUAUCGGUAUGUUUCAUAUAAAAAAAAUGUUUUUAUAAAUUUAUACUUUUUGUUAUAUACACAGUGCAUUCACAAAGUUCCGGGACUAAAUUUUAUGUGGGAGACUUAC